UGCGGCAGCUGCCUGCAGGGUGCAGGAGGCCAAGAACUCCAUGGCCACUCCUCCAGCGUCUCCGACGAUGGCGACGACUCGGAAACCAUUGCCCUUGCUCCUCCUCUCCCUCUCGCUCCCCGUCCUCUUCCUGAUCUUCUCCCUCGUCUUCCUCCUCUCGCACACCACCUUUAGCCUCCUCAUCUGCCCUCUCCUCCCUAAGUCUACUUCGAGGCCCAAUGCAACCAGCACGAGUGUUGCCAGCGUUGAUGUUUCCAUGGACAAGACCUUACAAGCCUUCAAUGCCUCGUCACCACCACCGCCUCCACCUCCGACCACGCCGCUGCCACCGUUGCCGGCUAUUCCUGCGGCUGUUAAGAGCAGCAGGAAGGCGUCCACGAAGAGAAACAAGAGCCUUCUCAAGCUCCUGCUCAGGCAGACUCCGCAGACGCGACGGUUCGAGGCGCGCGCGGCCGAGCUCUUCGCGGGACCGACGCCGUGCACGGACCGCUUCUUCAUGACGUGGCUCUCCCCGCUAGCGCAGUUCGGCCGCCGCGAGCUCCUCGUCUUGGAGAGCCUCUUCAGGUGGCACCGCGGCGCCUGCCUCUUCGUUGCCUCCGACACCAUGGACUCCGCGGGCGGCAACGACAGGCUCAGGCCGUUCCUGGAACGCGGCUUCCGCGUUGCCGCAGCCUCGCCGGACUUCGCGUACCUCCUGAACGGCACGCCGGCCGAGGCGUGGCUCGGCGUGGUGCAGCGCGGCGGCGUCAGCCCCGGCAGCGUCCCGCUCGGGCAGAACCUCUCCAACCUCCUCCGCCUCGCGCUGCUCUACAGGUAUGGCGGCAUCUACCUCGACGCCGACGUCGUCGUCCUCAAGCCCUUCUCUGACCUCCGGAACGCCAUCGGCGCGCAGGCCGUGGACGAGGCCACGGGCGACUGGAGGCGUCUGAACAACGCCGUGAUGAUAUUCGAUCGUGGCCACCCGCUGCUGCGCGAGUUCAUCGCCGAGUUCGCAGCCACGUUCGACGGGAGCAAGUGGGGCCACAACGGGCCGUACCUGGUGUCGAGGGUGGCGGCGAGGCUGCGCCGGAGGCCCGGGCUCGACGUGACGGUGCUGCCGCCGCGCGCGUUCUACCCCGUGGACUGGAACAAGAUCGGUGGGCUGUUCAUUGCACCCAAGGAAAGGAAAGAUGAGAGGUGGGUGAAGGCCAAGGUGGAAAACAUCAAAGGCGAGAGCUUCGGUAUCCACCUGUGGAACAGGGAGAGCAGAAGGCUGAAAAUAGAGGAGGGGAGUGUGAUUGGAAGGUUGGUUUCAGGCAGCUGCCUGUUCUGCAAUUCUUCCAUGUUUGUAAAGCCAAAAUAG